AUGACAUCUUUGCCACACGUUAGCGUAACAAUUUCUGAAAAUGAAGAUGAUGUCGAUAAAAGUUCGGUGGAAUCCACAGAACCAGUAGAUGAAACCAACCGAGGAUCUAAUGAAGAAUUACGGGAUGUUGCAGAACAUCCGGAGUCUGGGCAAGAAAGGGAAGAGUUACUAAGCGGACAUCCGGAGUCUGGGCAAGAAAGGGAAGGGUUAUUAAGCGGACAUCCGGCUGAUGAGUUAUUACAAGAAAAUCCAGAUAAGGCUCGAAAUCCUUUGAUUCUGAGAAUUUUAAUGCUUUUGAUCUUGCUCACGGUACUUGUGAGCUCGAUAUAUAUACUUGUUUUCUUUCCUAAAAAUAAUGAUGGAGUGACUUUGCCAUUAUUAAGCAACGGAACUCACGAUUUUCAUCCAACUGUGAUCUUGUUAUCAUUGGAUGGUUUUAGAUAUGAUUACUUAACAAGAAAUGUUACACCUUAUCUUACGAAAUUUUAUCAAGAUGGUCUGCAAGCUAAAUAUUUGAUUCCCUCAUUUCCGUCUAUCACCUUUCCAAAUCAUUACACUAUAGUCACUGGACUUUAUCCCGAGUCGCACGGAAUCGUUGGAAAUUCAUUUUAUGAUCCAGAUCUGAAAGAUUAUUUCUACUAUAAGGAUCCCAAAAGGAGUUUCGAUUCAAAAUGGUGGGGAGGAGAACCUAUUUGGGUUACAGCUGUUAAACAAGGUCAAAAAUCUGGAGUAUCACAAUGGGUCGGUUCAUCUUCGGUAAUAAAAGGAUUCAUGCCAACUUAUCAUCAUCCUUAUGAUCCAAAUGUAACCAUGGAUGAUCAAGUAUCACGUGUGAUGAAUUGGUUAGAUCUUCCGUUUGAUGAGAGACCGACAUUCAUUUCUGCAUAUGUAAGUGAUGUUGAUUCCAUAGGUCAUAGCAAAGGACCGGACUCCGUGGAAUUGAAUGAUAUCCUGAAAUCGACCGAUAACAUGACUCGUAGUUUGCUGGAUGGAUUGAACCGGAGGAACCUUACGGGCAUUGUUAAUUUUAUAAUCGUUAGUGAUCACGGGAUGAUUGCGAUAAAUGACUCCAAGGUUAUCUAUCUCGAGGAAAUAUUUAAUACAUCAAAGAUAUACCCCUUGGAUGGAUAUCCUUUGGCUAAUAUUAGACCUUAUGACGACUCGGAAACUUCGGAAAUAUACUUAAAGCUAAAGAACGAAAGCUUGAAUAAACCCUGGGAAUGCUUCCUUCGAGAUGAAAUACCCGAGAGGUAUCAUUUUCGCAAAUCACAUCGAAUCUCGCCUAUAUUAUGCAUUCCGUUAAUACCUUGGGCUUUCUCGUAUCAUCGGAAUUCUACAUCAAAAGGUUUAAUGGGAACUCAUGGUUAUGAUAACCUUGAAUCCACCAUGCGGGGAAUUUUCUUGGCUUCCGGACCUGAAUUCAGGGCGGUCGCGAGAAAAUCAAAAACAAAUGUAAUUAAUGGAUUUUAUAAUGUUGAGGUGUAUAACAUUAUAGCGAAAAUUUUGCGAUUAACGCCAGCACAGAAUAAUGGUACCGUUGGCGGGAUACUUUGGACUUAA